CACUGUUGAUGGACUACACUGCAUACUACUUCACGUCAAAAGAUCCAAACUGUCCCUUUAAUGUAAACAACAAACAAUACAAACUGCAGACAUGCAACGCUUGACAUAUAAAAGACAAGAACAGAUCACCAAAGUCGACAUUUCACGUGUCGCCACACUCCACUAUGAUGUAAGCGCUACUUCCUGACUGUUUAUGAGAAGUGUUGACUGUGGUUACUCGAAACAAAGAUCAGGACUUAAAGACCACAUCGCUUGGCAAAUGUUUGGUGUCGUAAAGUCAUGGCUGUCAUUAGUUGGUACUCCAGCCAUGAGCAGUCGAAGGAAAAAGGCCCCCCCUGUGAGGGUGGACGAGGAUGUUAAAAAGAAGUUAAACUGGAACAUGCUGGAGGACCGGAAGAACGAGGCGAUCCAGGAGAGUGACAGCCAAACCCCGGCGUGCUCCACUCUUCCUGCCGAGCCCUCACCUGACAUCUCUAUCAGCUCGUUCCACUUUGCAGAGGAACUCCCCACUUCCUCUGCUUCCCUGGCGCUCACGGUGCUACCCGCUUCCCAGCUGAGCCAUGCCUGGAAGGCUCUUGUCGGGGAGUUCCGCAUCCGACCGGCUUGGCUCCCACCCAACUGCGGAAUGAGAGCGUUUACUUUUCACAAGAUGGCGGAGCAGCUGUGCGUCAGCUUCAGCGGCUCCGACGAGCCCACCGAGCCGCUGCGGAUGCCUGAUGGCGACACCUGUACGGUGGAAUGCAGCCUCUCUCGGAUCUCGCUGGAGGACAUGGACUGGCUGCAGAAGAGGAGGCUGGUGCAGCUUUGUCAUGAAGAAGAAGAAGAGGACUCCUUCAAGGUUGGGAUUUACCUGCUGGAAAGCGGACUCGGGAAGCCGGAGUUCCUCAGCGAGGGAAACGCUCGCAUGAAGAAAGCCAAUCAGCUCAUGCAGAAGAUGAUGGAGUAUUUUUAUGAUUUUAUUAUCCCUGAAGUGGUGGAUAACGAGGAAGAGGAAUGUGACACCGACUUGGAGAGGCAGAACGUGGAGGAGCUCUACGAUUACGUCAGGUGUGUGCACCAGACGGAGAGCCAGGACGUGAGCUUUGACGUCCAGCACCAGGCUCUCCUCCCGGUCCUCAGGCCUUAUCAGAGCCAGGCCGUCAACUGGAUGCUGAAGCGGGAGAAAUUCAGAAAUACAUCCCCAAAAGAGCAAUCGCUACAUUUCCUGUGGCGGGAGUUGGUCACUUUGUGUGGCAAGAAGCUUUUCUACAACCCUUUUACCGGCCGUCUCAUUCGUGCGUUUCCACUGGCCGGCGUGGAGUGGCCCGGCGGAAUCCUGGCCGACGAGAUGGGUCUGGGAAAGACGGUAGAAGUCCUGGCGCUCAUUCUUUUUCACAGCCGGCAGGACCUCCAGCAGGAGGCCCUCACCCUGCCCGUGGGACAGUCUGUGAAUUAUUUUGUGCCGCCUCCUCCACUGGAGAGAAAGAAAGUCGCCCCUUGUAAGCCUGAAGUGCAACCGAAAAUGAAAAUCUCUCACCCAGCCGUCCGCGUGAUGCUGCUGACGGCCAUCAAGGAAAUGCGCUCGGGCAAAGGGGCCUCGGUCAACGCCGUCUUCACAUACAUCCGUGCCAAGUACGGCUACGACCUGCUGAAGAACCGCAGCCACAUGAAGAAGACGCUGGCCAAGCUGAUGGAGGAAGGCCUGGUGGAGCAGGUCAGAGGGCGCGGCUUGGCGGGCUCCUUCCGCUUGGGGAAGAAGUACAGAGAGACCAAGAAGACGGCGGCGGGAUCGCCCAAAUCCAAUAUGAAAUGCUCGGGAGAGAGGUCGCCCAGGAAAACGUUCCAGAGGCGAGCCAAGGAGAAGGCGGAAGCAGCUCUCCAAAACUCCAUCACGAGUGAAGAUCCAAGCCACGCAAACCACAUGGCGCUGGCGGACGCUCCCGAGCGGACAGAUUGGGGCGAAAGCGAGGGACCACACGAGGCGGAUGGGAUGUGUGACGCCUCUGAGGAGACCCAGCCGUCCAGCUCUCAGGAAGAGCCCCCCGUCAGGGCGUCCGUGGUCCCCUUCAACACUCCGGACUACAGGUUUGAGUGCAUCUGCGGCGAGGUGGGCAUCGUGGACUACAAAGCCCGCGUGCAGUGCCUGAACUGCCAGCUGUGGCAGCACGCCGACUGCGUCAACUACAAGGAGGAAAGUCUGGAGACCACCCCCUUUUAUUGCCCCCACUGCCUGGUGGCCAUGAAGCCCGUCUCCACGGGGGCCACGCUCAUCGUCUCCCCCAGCUCCAUUUGCCACCAGUGGGUGGAGGAGAUCAACCGCCACAUCAGGUCCUCCUCGCUGCGGGUGCUGGUGUAUCAGGGCGUGAAGAAGCACGGCUUCAUCCAGCCGCACAUGCUGGCCGAGCAGGACGUGGUCAUCACCACCUACGACGUGCUGCGCUCUGAGCUCAACUACGUGGACAUCCCGCACAGCAACAGCCAAGACGGGCGCCGCUUCCGCAACCAGAAGCGCUACAUGGCCGUGCCCAGCCCCCUGGUGGCCGUGGAGUGGUGGCGCAUCUGUCUGGACGAGGCUCAGAUGGUGGAGUGUCCCACCGCCAAGGCUGCGGAGAUGGCGCUGCGUCUUGCCUCCGUCAACCGCUGGUGUGUCAGCGGCACGCCCGUCCAGAGAGGUUUGGAAGACCUUUAUGGCCUCGUGCUCUUCCUGGGACUGGACCCGUACUGGGUCAAACACUGGUGGGACCAGUUGCUCUACAGGCCCUAUCGCCGUGGAAACACAGAGCCGCUCUACGGCGUCAUCGCCCAGUUAUUGUGGCGCUCGGCCAAGAAGGACGUCAUCGAUCAGAUCCAGAUUCCGGCACAGACGGAGGAGGUGCACUGGCUGCACUUCUCCCCGGUGGAGGGUCACUUCUACCACCGCCAACACGAGGUCUGCUCCCAGGACGCUUUGGUUAAACUCAGGAAGCUCUCUGACUGGAGUCUGAAGCUGGGCAGCCUGGACCGCCGCACGGUCACCACCAUCCUGUGCCCGCUGCUGAGGCUGCGCCAGGCCUGCUGCCACCCGCAGGCGGUGCGCAGCGAGUUCCUGCCCCUGCAGAAAAGCACCAUGACAAUGGAGGAGCUCCUCAAGUCCCUGCAGAAGAAAUGUCGAGUGGAGUGCGAAGAAGCCCACAGACAAUUGGUGUGCGCUCUCAACGGCCUGGCCGGAAUUCACAUCAUCAGAGAUGAGUUUGAGCAGGCGGCCGAGAUGUACAGAGAAGUGCUGCGUUCAUCAGAGGAGCACAAAGGCCGACUGAAAACAGAUUCACUGCAGAGGCUUCAUGCCACUCACAACUUAAUGGAGCUGCUGAACGCAAAGCAUCCUGGGAUCCCUCCCACUCUCAGAGACGACCGACUCAGCGAGGAGGCCGAGCAGCUACGGCAGCACUACAUGACCAAGUAUGACUCGGAGGUGGCCGACGCUCAUCAUGCUCUGCAGCCGGUCCUGCAGAACAUUAAAGAGCUGAAGCGUAAAGUUAACCUGAGCUCCCCCUGGUGGCUGGAGGUGAUUCAGCGAGCGAUCCGUUGCUCGGCCGACGAUGACCUGGUGGGCCGCGUGAAGAACGAGUUGACGUCCAGCAGCAAGCAGCAAGCUCACAAGUUCUCCAUGGCCGACAAGUUCCGCGACAGCCACGGUCUGCAGUUCCUGCUCACCGCUCAAAUGGAAGACCUGACUAAGUCUCAGAAGAUUGUUCGGGAGGCCGUGAAGAGCCUGGAAGGUCCGGCGUCCAAGAAGGUGAUUGACGAGGCCACGGCGUGUCACCUCCGCCCGACGCGGCUGCCGCUCAAUAACUGCGUUUUUUGCAAAGCUGAUGAGCUUUUCACCGAUUAUGAAUCCAAGCUGUUCUCGCACACGGUGAAAGGUCAGACGGCCAUCUUUGAAGAGAUGAUUGAAGAUGAAGACGGACUGGUGGACGACCGCCUUCCCACCACUAGCAGGGGCCUGUGGGCGGCCAGCGAGAUGGAGCGCACGCUGAAGGCCAUUCUGGCCUUCGCCAAAGCCAAACGCCUGGACCCGGAGCUGGUGGAGGAGGGAAACACCUUCAUGGAUCUCUUUGAGACCUGGAAGAAGGAAUACAAGGUGCUGCACGAGUACUGGAUGGUCCUCCGGAAUCACGUGUCGGCAAUAGAUGAGCUGGGAAUGGCCACCGAGAGACUGCGCGUGCGUCUUCCCGACGAGCCCAAGCCAAAGCUGCUGCACAUCAUUGAGCCGCAUGAGGUGGAGCAGAACAGAGUGAAGCUUCUGAACGACCAAGCGGUAGCAAAGUCUCAGCUCCAGAAGAAGCUGGGGCAGUUUUUGUACCUCACAAACCUGGAGAAGUCCCAGGACAAGUCCACCGGCGGCCUGAACCCAGAACCGUGCCCCAUCUGCGCUCGUCCGCUAGGACAGGAGUGGGCGGUGCUGACCUGCGGCCACUGCUUCUGCAACCAGUGCAUCGCCAUCAUCCUGGAGCAGUACAGCGGGGGCUCUCGGCGGCGCACCAUCAAGUGCGCCAUUUGCAGGCAGACCACGUCGCACACGGAGAUCUCCUACGUGUUCACCGCGGAGUCGUCCAGCCUGGACCAGGGCAUCCCCGUUAAGGGGAGCCACUCCACCAAGGUGGAGGCCGUGGUGAGAACCCUGUUGAAGAUCCAAGUGAGCGACCCCGGAGCCAAGUGUCUGGUCUUCUCCACGUGGCAGAGUGUCCUGGACAUCAUCGCCAAGGCUCUGUUCGACAACAACAUGGAGUUCUCUCAGAUCAACGGUAUCCACAAAUUCCAGCAGAACCUGAGCUCCUUCAAGUAUGAGAAGAACAUCAACAUCCUCCUGCUUCCUCUGCACACCGGCUCCAACGGCCUCAACAUCAUCGAGGCCACGCACGUGCUGCUGGUGGAGCCCAUCCUCAACCCCGCGCACGAGCUGCAGGCUAUCGGACGCGUGCACCGCAUUGGACAAACCAAGCCGACGUUCGUGCACAGGUUCCUCAUCAAGUCCACCAUCGAGGAGAGAAUGCAGGCUAUGCUAAAGACUGCAGAGAAGAGUCACAGCAGCGCCGCCAUGAAGCACUCGGAGGCUGCCGUCCUCACCGUGGCCGACCUGGCCGACCUGUUUACCGAAGAAGAGGCCGAGGCCAUGGAGUGACUCGUCUGGUGACGGACACCCUUUCAUUUUGCACAUUCCACUUUUGAUACCGCUUCCAAUGGAGAUAUUUUUAGCGUCGUCGUGUUUUGAGUUGGAAUAUUUCACUCCCGUUUCAGGAAUUAAACACUCAAUGGUGGCGGGAAGC